AAGUGCAUUGAAAUGAAAACUGAUCGUUGAUUGCGCGAGUUGGCACCUUUCCGUAAGAAGAAGAACAAGUUCUCUCUUUUUCCACCGUCACCACUCACCAUGCAAUGCAAACAGCCCAAUUAAGAAACCAUCCAACGAGUCUUGUUCUGCUUGUGUUGUUUACUACGUUAAUGGCAAACCAGGUGGUUCCUCGUGAAUCUCACCCUUAUGCCUUUCAUGUCUCUGGCCCUCGCAAGUUCACUUCCCUUAAUUGGAGGGACCUUUUCAUUUCUAGUUGGAAGGAUGUAAAUUAUAAGAGAACUGUCAUUGCCUGCUUUAUACAGGCAGUGUACUUGCUUGAACUUGAUAGACAGGAGAAGAGAACACAAGGAAAUGCUCUUGCCCCAAAUUGGUGGAUUCCCUUCAAGUACAAGCUUAAACAAACACUAAUUGAUGAAAGAGAUGGAUCCAUUUUUGGUGCAGUUCUUGAAUGGGAUAGAUCUGCUGCAUUGGCUGACUUGAUACCAAUUAGACCAAGUGGUGCCCCCAGGGCUGUUUUAGCACUCAGAGGAACAUUACUCAAAAGCCCUACAAUGCGAAGAGAUAUCGAAGAUGACCUCCGUUUUGUUGCUUGGGAAAGCUUGAAGGGCUCUGUGAGGUUUAAAGCAGCUUUGGAGGUACUAAAAUUGAUUUGUGGUAAAUACGGAAGCAAUAAUGUAUGCAUUGCAGGGCAUUCCUUGGGGGCUGGUUUUGCUCUUCAAGUGGGAAAAGAACUAGCAAAAGAAGGGACUUAUGUGGAGGCACAUUUGUUUAAUCCACCUUCUGUUUCACUAGCCAUGAGUCUCAAAACUAUUGGAGAAAAGGCUGAGUUUGUGUGGAAUAGACUUAAAUCCAUGCUUCCUUAUAUUGGUGAGGCUCAAAUCAGCAAUGGUGGUUUGAAAGAUGCUAGUUUGGGGGUGGUAAAAUGGGUUCCUUAUUUGUAUGUUAACAAGGGUGACUAUAUCUGUUGCUAUUACAAUGAUGGUGCUGGCACAAGCACAAAGGUGAAUGUAGGAACUACAAAUGGACAAGCAAAGUUGUUUGUUGUCUCUAAGGAGAAACAGAAGUUUCUUGAGGCUCAUGGUUUGGAACAAUGGUGGUCAAGUGAUGCAGAACUUCAGCAGGUUAUCCAUAGUAGCAAUCUCAUAAGCAGGCAGCUUCGAUCUUUAUACACUGCUACUCCUUCCCAAGUAAACUCAUAAGCAGGUGGUGAAAUGUGAUUUCAAAUAAAAUAAAAUAAAAUACGAGAUUUGUAUUCCUACGUGUUUUCACUGAAAUUUGACAUUUGUAUAUGUUGUAAUUCAUACUAUUUUAUUUUACAAGCGAAGACAUCUUAUUUGUCAA